AUGGCUCCUGGAAUGAUCCGCGGCUCGGAUGAUGACGCCAGAUUCAAUGACCAGUGCCGUGAUCCUUGGAGGGACAUGGACGACGGAGCACGUAAGCGGCAUCAACACCACUGCCCCGACACACUUGCCAAGCCCCUAGAAGCUGACGUUGAGAGUUUGGCGGGGGACGAGAUGGAGCCAAGCUCGGACCCCCAGCAGAUUGCCUGCGGCGGCUGCUUCACACAACAGCUCCCGUUCCUGGUGCUGCUCGCGCCGUGGUUCUGGGGCCGACUACAGGUCAUCCCGCUCUUCUGGCGGAACGCGCCCGACGUGCUCCCUCGGCACAACGUGCUCGGCGCCGGCACGGGCAAGUACGAAAUCAAGUUUGGCGACCGGGUGCGCUCGUGCGAGGAUGUCAUCCUGCUCGAGGAGCAAGGGUUGGCAGUGAUGGGGUGCGAUCCGGGGAGGGAACGGUACAAUACUGUCAUGGGCAUCUUCAUCCCGGGCCCCGUGACGUCCGCAGACCUCUACCUGUACGACUACAAGACGGCGUCGACGCCAGACUCGCAAGCCCUGAGGCGGAUCGAGCUGGUGGGCUUCGACGAGGGCCGGCUCGACUUCCACACGCUGGGCAUGGGCCUGGACGAGCAGACGGGCACGCUCUUUGUCGCGAACCACCGCCGCGAGGCCGCCGCCGGCGCGUCCAUCGAGGUGUUCAGGCUGGAUGUUUCCUCCCCCGAGGCUCCCACGGCCACGCACCUCCGGACCAUCGAGCACCCGCUGAUCCACGGGCCCAACUCGCUCGCCGUGGUGAGCGGCACCGAAUUCUUUGUGACCAACGACCACUAUUUCCUCGUCAAGCACCACCGCGUGCUCGCGAUGCUCGAGACGUACCUGGCCCCUCCAUUCGGGACGGUCGUGCAUGUGAGACUGGACAACAACAAAUACGAUGACGGCAGCAGCAGCAGCAAAGGAGUCCAGGCCAGCGUGGUUGCGAGACUGCCCUACGCCAACGGCAUCGAGUUCCUCAACGCGACCACCCUCGCCGUGGCCAGCACCAGUGACGCAGCCGUGUACCUGUACACCGUCACUCCCAACGAAGAAGAAGAAGGAGCCGCCCAUGAUGCUGCUCCUCCCCGGCUCGCCUACACGGGCACCAAGAUCCCUGUGCCUUUCCUGCCGGACAACCUCUCCGUCACGUCUUCCUUGUCCCCCUCAUCCUCAUCAUCCAAGAAGCUCCUCAUCGCGGGCCACCCGCACGUCCUCUCGACCGUCAAGUACGCCAAGACGCGGUACAUCUGCAACGACCCGGCCGAGCUGGCCAGCGCGGCGACCUCGGCGGAGCAGCAGCAGUACUGCGCGGACGUGGAGGGUCAGAACCGGGCGACGUCGUGGGUGAGCGAGUGGGACCCGGCGACGGGCCAGCUGAGGCACCUGUACUCGGGCACGGGGUACCCGUCGAGCGCGACGGCCGUGCUAGACCCCGCGAGGGGUGUGGGGAUCAUGGCGGGCUUGUACGCUAAGGGGAUCAUGGUGUGGAGGGAUUAA